GAAGAUAGAAAAAAAAUUAACAGGCCUUGUCUGCCUUUAAAACCUGCUCCGCUUCUCGAACCCUUGGGUCCGAUUACCUCUGUUCGUUGUCACACAUCCCAACGUUCCCCUCAGCUCAAGACUCUCUCUCUCUCUUCGUUCUCACGCAUCCCAACGUCCCUCUCAGCUCAAGACGGACUCUCUCUUCACUGUUUCUGGAUUAUUGUCAUUGUGUUGAAGCGUUAGGGUUUCGGCAUCGGCUUUUGAGAAAUGGCGGAUCACAGCGAGAUUUCAGAUCCGAAAGGCGAGUCCUUGAUGGAUAAGAUCGCCGACAAGCUUAACGUCGACGAUUCGUCGUCGUCCGACUCCGAUUCGGCCAAGAAACCCGCCUCAUCCCCGCCGUCCGUCAAGCCCAAGGCCACUCCUUCCACGUCGUCCAUGAAAGCCAAGAUUUACCGCAUGUUCGGGAGAGAGAAACCCGUUCACAAGGUUUUCGGUGGUGGAAAACCUGCUGACAUUUUCUUGUGGAGGAACAAGAAGAUAUCUGCUGGUGUCCUUGGGGCAGCCACAGCAUUGUGGGUUUUGUUUGAAUUGCUGGAGUACCACCUUCUUACUCUAGUGUGCCACCUAUUGAUACUCGCACUUGCAAUUUUGUUUUUGUGGUCCAAUGCUUCAAAGUUCAUCAAGAAGUCUCCUCCACGUAUUCCCGAAGUUCAUCUCCCAGAGGAACAAUUCCUUGAAUUUGCCUCUGCUCUGAGGAUUGAAAUUAACCGAGCUCUUGUUGUCUUGCGAGAUAUUGCCUCUGGAAGAGAUCUGAAGAAGUUUGUUGCAGUGAUUGCUGGUUUGUGGGUUCUCUCACUUUUGGGAAGUUGUUGCAACUUCUUGACGUUGUUCUACAUAGCUUUCGUAUUGCUGCACACGGUGCCUGUUCUAUAUGAGAAGUAUGAGGACCAGAUUGAUCCGCUCGCAGAGAAAGCAAUGAUGGAGAUCAAGAAGCAGUAUGCAGUGUUUGAUGAAAAGGUUCUUAGUAAAAUUCCAAGAGGGGCAUUGAAAGACAAGAAAAGAGCUUAGAGAAGCCGAAGGAUUUGAUUCCACAUGUUUAGCUUUUGCAUGUAUUAGCAAGGCUCUUUUUAUCAUUUCGGUCCCUGCUGUUUCUAGGGUGGGUUUGCAAUUUGGAUGGAUUUUGGUUUGGAAACGAAUAUUGGCAAAUAGGUUGUAUAAGUUAUGCUUGUAGGCCAGUAUCAACAAUGUUUAUUUGAACACUUCAUCCUCAGGUGGUUUCAUGUAUGUAAUGUGGUUAUUGAUUC